AGCGCGCGCUUGGUUGGUUGGUUUUCGAAAUCUAUAAAACACCUGCUAAUCGUUCAGAUACGUGGUUGAGAAAGUAACUUUAAUUGCUAUUGUCCUUUAAUAUUUACAUUUAAAUCGAGAAUGUUUUAUUUAUAGUUUGUAUAGUAAUAUUUUAUUAUAGGUUUUAACCAUAGAUGUAUGUGGAAAAAAUGAAUGACUCGGAGACUAUAAUUGCAGGUGUUAAAAGAUCUGAAAUGAAUUUAAACAGUAAAUCUGUUGAUGGAUUUAACAAGCAGAAAAAGAAAAGGCACAAACAUAAAUUAAAUAAAUCAGACUUUAUGGCAGAAAUUAUUACUAUAGAAUCAGAUGAUGCUCUAAAUGAUGUUGUGCUCCAAGAAAGUAUGGAAAAAUGUAUUUUUGGAAAUCCAGGUGAUAAGAAAUCUAACAGACACAACAGAAAACACAUCACAAAUGAGAAAAAGGAUUCUUUUAAAAAGAAAAAUGAAUGUAAGUUUGUUAAUUCAGACGAUGUAAAUGACUGUGACAUCUUUGAAUUGGCUACCCUUGAAAAAAUAGAUAAUAAUGGAAAUUCUAAAAAAUUUCACAAAAGAAAAAAUAAAGUGACUAAUGCUGAAAACUUAUCUAAUUAUAGAAAUGUGGGCAUAAAUGAACAGGAAUUAAAAAAUAAUGUAAAUGCAGAAACUUUAAUGGAAUUAAAUCAGCAUGAAAAAAAGCACAAACACAAAUCACUUUGUGUUGUGGAAAAUGUAUCUAAUUAUAAAAUUCAGGAAUCUGAGGAAGCAGAAAAUAACAGAAUUUUGAAUGAAUUGUAUAAACGGAAAAGUCGUCAUAAACGUAAACUGACUAAAAAUGAUAAAAUGUUAGAUUGCUUAAAUACAGAUAUAUGUGAUGUUGAACUGUCUCAGUUUGAUUUCAGCAGUGAAAUUUCUAAUGGUGUUCAGAAACAGAAAAGAAAGAAGAGAAAAAAAUUGGCUACUGAAGAAAAUUUACCAACUGCUAUUUGUAUGGAAGCAAAUCAUAUUUCAAACAAUAUUAUGUAUCAGGAAAGUAAUGAGGAGGAUGUUACAAAAAAUUCUCAUGAAGAGAAUGUUUCAAAGUUGAACAGAAAAAAAAAUAAGUAUUCUGAAAUUGAAUCGCAUACUUAUCAAAAAAGGAAAUAUAGUUGUAUUAAUGAUGCAAAUGUAUUUGAUUGUGAAAUUGCUGAAACUGCUACUGCUAAAAAAUCACAUGAUGAUGUGAAUUCUAAGAAAUUUCAUAAAAAGAAAAAACAUAAAGUGACUGAUGAUGAAAAUAUGUUUGCAUGUAGAAUUUUAGAAACAGAUAAGCAAGAAUUGGAGAAUGAUACAAAUGUGAAAAUUUUAAAGAGUUUGAAAAAGAAAAAAAAGAAGAAAGACAAACAAAAAUUAUCAAGCAACAUGGAAAAUGUGUGCUGUUAUCAGGAAUCAGUCAAUGAUGAAUCAGGAAAAAACAGAAUUGUCGAUGUAUUGGAGGUACACGAAAAGAAAGAUAAAUAUAAACAGACUGAAGUAGAUAAAUUAUCUGAUUCCCACACUGCAGAUUUAAAUAUUAUUAAUCAUAAUGGCUUAAACAGUGAGACUUCUUAUGAAUUUCCCAAAAAGAAAAAGAAGAAACACAAACAUAAAUUACUUGAUGAAAUGGAAAAUAUAUCCAAUUGCAACAAUCAGGAAUUGCCUACAGAUCAUUCUAGUAUAAAUAAUAUUUAUGAUAUAUUAGAUGUAUACAAAAAAGAUAAAAAAACAGAUACAGAAAAAAUAUCUGAUUGCAAAACUGUAGAUUUAAAUACUAUUGAAAUAGAUGAAAAUUAUUUAAACAGUAAAAAUUUUAAUAUAUUUCACCAGAAUAAAAAGAAAAAGCAUAAAAAAAAAUCCCUUGAUGAAAUAGAAAAUAUAUCUAAUUGCAAAACUAUUGAUUCGGUUGUUGUUGAAAUGAAUCAAAAUAAUUUAAAAGGUGAAACUUUAAAUAAGUUUCACAAAAAGAAAAAGAAGAAACACAGGCAUAAUUUACAUGAUGAAAUGGAAAAUAUUUGUGAUCGCAACAUUGAGGAAUCAAUCACAACUGAAUCGGGAAAAAAUAGUAUUCUUGAUUCAUCAGAUGUUCAAAAAGGAAAUAAACAAGCUGAUGUAGAUAAAAUAUCUGAUUAUAAAUCUUUAGAUUCAAAUGCUAUUGAAAUAAACCAGAAUGAAUUAAGUAAUGAAACUUUUGGAAUUCACAAACACAAAAGAAAGAAGCACAAACAUAAAUUGACUGGAGUAGAAAAUAUGUCAGAAGUUGUUGAAUCAAAUAACACUUCAAAUGAUGUUAUAAGUCAGGACUAUAUAAAAGAGAAAAGUAGCGUGCAAAAUUUAGAUUAUGAUGGAUUCUCUAGAACCAAAAGAAAUAAGAAGAAACAUGUCAAAAGUGUUAAAAUUAUUUCAAAUGAUGUACAAGAAAAAGAAAAAAUUGUUAGUAGUGAAGAAUUUGAAAAAAAAUGUCAGGAAGAUGCAUAUACAUCUUUUGAUACUUUUUUAUAUGAUACAAAUGAAGUACCUGUGCCAUUUCCAGUGCCUUUAUUGCAUGAAGGUGAAACAACAGCUACAAUUCCACCUGAAAAAAGAGCAGAGUUAGAAGAAAAUGGAAUAGCAAUUCAUGAUGGGAAAUGGACAAAAGCUGAAGAUAAUAUUUUAACUAGAAAUUUUCAGCAGUUUGGUUUAGAGUUUGGCAUUAAUAAUCCAUUUCAGCUUCUAGGAAUAAAUCAACAUCGCAGACAUAAUAAACUUACUAAGUUUUUGAAAGCAAAACAUUUUUUGGUACGUUUGGGUAAAGAUCUCAACAACAGAACUCUUCGAAGCAUUUACAUGAGAGCAAGAAAGCUCUUUGAUCCUUUAAAUAAGGGGAAACUAAGUGCAGAAGAAAGUAUUGAUUUGAAACAUGCUCAUGAAUUAGUUGGAAAUAAAUGGACAAGAAUUAGUGAUAUGCUUUCAAGAAGUGCUAACAACUGUCACACUGCUUAUAGGUGGCAUAAAAAAGAUAUAAACAAAGGUAAAUGGACACCCGAUGAAGAAAGUAAUUUAAUUAAAGCUAUUAAAUCUGUGACUGGAUCAGAAGAUAUUUCUGCAAAUAAUGUGAAAAAUAUUUCAUGGAGUGAUGUUGCACAACAUGUUCCAACCAGAAAUGAAUUCCAGUGUCAUAAACAUUGGGCUGGACAUCUUGCAUGGGAUUCUUCUGUCACUGAAAAGAAACGGUGGCAAAAGUGCCAUUAUGGUAAAUUGAUUUAUUUAAUAAAAGAUAAGUACUGUUUCAAUUCUGAACAGGAAAUUGACUGGAGAGAACUUCAUAAACAUUUUAAGCAUGUAGCUCCCUCGUAUAUCUUUUUACGUAAAAAAUGGUCAUAUUUAAAAGGAAGGAUACCAAAAGUAUUACAAAAUUUAGAUUUCAGCAAGUAUCUAAAUGCUUUUAUAGAAAUGUAUAAAAAACAAUAUAAAAUAUUUGCAGAUGUAAAAUUUUAAUGUUUAUAAAAAUCAAACCACUGACUAUAAUUGAUUCUUCAAAAGAGAAACUUAUACUGUCUCAUUAAGCAUUAUUAUUUGAUUAAGUUUUGUGUUCUAUUCUAGCAUAAAAAAAUUUUCAAAGCAGAUGAAAUACAAAUAUGUUAUCACAAUUUAACAUGUUUAUCAUACUGUGAUAGGAUUGAUAAUUUGAUUUAUUAGCUUUUAAGAUAUGUGCUCACAAUAUUUGCUUUAAUUUUAA